AUGCUCACUCGUACCCCUGUAUCCAUUUCUCGCUUACGCCUUCACAACAUCCACCCAACCCCACACUUUCAAAACAAACCCCUCACAAUCACUCGCAGACUUACCAUGGCCAGUACUCCCUCCCCCGAGAGUUUCCAAGCCCUCAUCAUCGGCUCCGGUCAAGCCGGCACGCCCCUCGCAGUGGCAUUUGCCAAAGCGGGACACAAGACCGCUCUCAUUGACCGGGCACACAUCGCCGGCUGCUGCGUGAACGAAGGGUGCACCCCGACCAAGACGCUCAUCGCGUCCGGGCGAGCGGCAUACCUCAUGCGCAGAGGGCAGGAUUAUGGUAAUCAUACUAGCAGCCCUGGCAAAGAUGGUAAGAAUGAAGUUAUUGUUGACAUGCAGAGGAUAAGAGAGAGGAAGAGGCAGAUUGUGGAGAGCUUUCGUGGGGGUAGUGAGAAGCGUGUCGCUGAGGCGGGAGUCACGGUUCUAAUGGGAGGUGCAGAGUUUGUGGAUGGGAAGACGGUUAAGGUUGUUAUGAAUGAUGGUGGGAGUGAUAAGUUGGUUACUGCCGAUAGGAUAAUCAUCAAUGUUGGCGAGCGGCCUGCUCGGCCUUCUCUUCCAGGUGUUGAGACUCUCGAUCCGAGUCUCGUGUUGAAUUCAACUAGUAUCCAGGAACUGGAUGUGGUGCCGGAGCAUCUGGUUGUUGUUGGGGGUGGGUAUGUAGGUGUGGAGUUCGCGCAGUAUAUGAGGAGGCUAGGCGCUAAGGUUACCAUUGUGCAACGAGGGAAGCAGUUACUCCCGAGAGAAGAUCCAGAUGUCGCGGGUGUAUUUCUUGAUAUCCUUACUGAGGACGGGAUUACGACGUAUCUCUCUAGCUCUACCACCAAUAUCUCCUCCAUCCCCUCGUCAACGUCCUCCUCCAGACCCGGCUUCACACUCAAGCUCAAGACUCCAAGUGGCGCCCUCGAUGUCCAAGGCUCGCACAUCCUCUUCGCCGCGGGCCGAAUACCCAACACCGACACUCUGAACCUUCCCACCGCAGGCGUAGCCACUAAUGAAAAAGGCUAUAUCGUAACGAACCCCUUCCUGGAGACGUCCACAAUAGACAUCUACGCCCUCGGCGACGUCAAGGGUCCACCAGCAUUCACGCACAUCUCAUACGACGACUUCCGCAUCCUCAAAUCAAACCUACUACUCCCUCCCUCCCCAGACAAGCCCUUACUCACCACCACCGGUCGCCAGGACAGAGUCCCGUACGUAGUGUAUACGGAUCCGCAGCUCGCCCAUGUAGGGCUGCAUGAGUGGGAGGCGAGGGCUAAGUAUGCCGCUCUAGGGAGGGAAGGGGAUGUCAAGGUCGCGAAGAUGCCGAUGGGGUAUGUGGCGAGGGCGUUGGAGACGGAUGAGACUAGAGGGGUUAUGAAGGCCGUUGUUGAUGGGACUGAUGGGAGGAUUCUGGGGUUUACGUGUCUUGGUAUGGAGGGCGGUGAGGUUAUGGCGGUGGUGCAGAUGGCUAUGCUUGCGGGGACGAGGUAUGAGGUUUUGCAGGAGGCGGUUUGGGCGCAUCCGAGUUUGGCGGAGAGUUUGAAUAAUCUUUGGGGGUUCUUGGAGUAA